AUGGAACCGGCAGGCCCAACACCUACGCCAGCUGACUUUCCAUCUACGCCAACCGAGAUCCCAAGUACACCUCCACUGACACCACAGCUCGAAGAUGCUCCGAAAAGCAGCUCACUCCCGAGCAAAGAGGAAGAGAAAGGGCCAACAGUAGUAAUAGUGGAAGAAAAAGAAGGGAAAACAGAAGAAGAAGGGGGAGCUCCAGAAACAGCUUCAGGUACAACCAGCUCAGCAACAAUCGCAGAGGCCGCAACACACGUCCUCGACUUCCUACAACAUGCCGCGCCAGAAACACUCGGCGGAGUGAUGCUAGGGUCCACCAUCGUGCUCUACGUGAUAUUCGGGAGCUUUGGGCUGUUGAUUGUCGGAGUGAUUGGCGGUGUGGUGCUCCACGCGAGCCUGGAGAACAUGAGGGCGUCCGGGAAGAAGGGACAUCGAGUGGAUGUGCUGGAAUGGCUGGAUAAGCGGAUGGUAGACACGAAGGGGGACGGCGCGCUGGCUUCUCCUCCCCCGGGAAGUGAGAAUGGGAGUGAAAAGUCCACAGGUGGUCAUAAGAGAUUUGCGAGGUCACAGCGGGUUGUGGAUUUCUCGAGUCUUCCGCCAGAGACGGGAGCAGCGUUCACGGGUUUGGCGGAUGCGGUGACGAGGGAUUAUGUGAGGUGGUGGUUCUCCCCAAUUCUUCCUACAGAUGAGAGUUUCCCCACGGCGUGUCGGCAGACGCUUGUCCAAACUCUCUACAACAUGCACUCUCAUCUUUCUCAAAAGUGUGCAAAAGACACCUUUCUCCUCUUCCUUGUUAGCACGUCAAACACAUUCAUCGUGUUUUUCCGAGAGCUCGCCCAGACCGCCCAAACCUCAAUCGGGACCUAUGUUGAAGAGUACCCCUCCAGCGCCCUGGCUCAGCUCGUUGACCGCAGGGAGCAGAAGCGAAAGCUCAAGAUGGCCGCAGACGACAUCGUCACGACUUUCGUCCCCGCCGAUGCAACAUCAUGCGAUCCGAUCAAGACGUUCCUGACUGAGAUCAUUGCGGGUGUAGUGCUCGAGAAGCUGGUGGAUAAGUUUUCGUCUGCAGAGUGGAUAAAUAGCACGAUUGUCUAUCUUCUUGAGAAGGAAACGCAGCCAGAGAUUCUGCAAAAGAUUGAUAUUGGAGAGGCGACACUGGCGGUCAAUGAUACACGUGUCUCAGCUGCGGCAGAGGCGCAGAAGGCGAAGCGAAUCUCGCGCGCGGAAGAGGAGAUGGAGCGUGCGAUGCGGGAGGCACAGGAGCUCAAUGCGAUGAUUGCAGAGGAAGAGGCAAAGCGUGUGUCUGGAGAUUUUGGCCCAGGAAGAGAUGCAAAUGGAAACACGAGUGGAAGUACAAGUUCGAACGGCAGCUCAAUUAAUCUCAACAGUGACAAUGCUUCUAUACGUUCUUGCUCUGACAAUGGAAGCUCUCGCCCGCCCACGAUCGUAGAGGAACCAGUUUCACCAUCUGCUGAGCCCGGAACAUUCACAUCGUUCGACCAGUUACUCUCUCCGAGUCCAACCCCAUCAUCACCCGUACAGCCACUUGACCCUCUCUACAGAGCCAACGUUACUGUUUCAGACCUCACCCCUCCCUCCGAGACAAAAGUUUUCGACCCAUUCUCUGGCGGUGCUUUCACUGCCCCCGCCGAUAGACCGCUCCGGUCAAAACCUACCUCCACCGUAUACCUUAUCCAGAUUGAGCCCGGUGUCUCGACUGUGCCUGGAUGGAUCCUGACAAGGAAGUUCACAGACUUCGAAACGCUUCACGAAGUGCUACGCAGGAUCUCCAACAUCAGCGGUCUCGAGUCAUUCACGCAUUCGCACUCGGAGCUCCCCACAUGGCGUGGCGGUACAAAAGAGGCGCUUCGGAACCACCUGGAGCGGUAUAUCAAUGAUGCGCUGAAGGAGAGGAUACUCGCGGAAAGUGAAGGUAUGAAGCGUUUCCUCGAGAAGGACAGCGAAGCCAGUAACGGUAGCAAUAAGGCGCCUUCUCCGGGUGGUGCUUUUGGAGGACUGGGGAAGAACUGGCCGAACCCGCAGGCAUUUGCAAAGAUGGGUGGUGGGAUGCUGGAUGCACUCACAAAGGCACCACAAGGAGCGGCAGAGGGUGGAAAGAGCUUAUUUGGCGGCGUUUUCAUGAAACGUGCUCUCAAUGGCGAGAACAGACGGCAGACACUUGAUGUGUCGAGUCUGCGGCAGCUAGGGCGGAGCGAUACAUCAUUACAGGUUGAGAACGAAGCUCCAGUGAAGCCGGAAGAGGAGGAACCGGUGGUAAAGGUGAACAAUAGGCAAAGCUUCCCGGCAAGGAGGAGUAGCUUGAUGGGUAUGGGUCGUGUGCAGAAGACAGAGAAGGAGGGGUAUAUACAACUCGAGAUACCAUCUGUGGAUGGUGAUGGGCCUGGAUUUGUCUCACUGCCUCCACCACCAAGCGAUAUGCCAGACGACUACGAUAGCGAUGCCGCUCCGGUCCGGACCCGUUCCGGGAGUGCAGCAUCCUCACUGCUCAGGCCCGAACCGGAGACAACAACCUCCCGAACCCGCGCUGCGUCUGCCGCUGCGGCCUUCCUGGUACCUACUCAAGCACCGCUGUCACCAGUACCGCCCUCUCCGCCCUUGAUAUGUACGACCCCGCCACCGAUGGAUCCCCCCACUUCUCCAACUCCGCCUGCUCCGUCCGCCCCAGCUACAUCAUCGAAACCCAAACCCACAACAGAACCACUAACAGAAUCCGAGACGAUUUUCGCCGUCGAGAUCUUCUUUGCGAUCAUUAGCGAGCUCUACACGCUCUCCUCUGCCUGGCUUUUCCGCCGCUCCCUCCUCAACGUUGCUAAGAACAUUCUUCUGCGGCCUGGCAACACCACACUAGAAAGUAUCCGUGUACUCAUCCAAGAAACCGUUAUCGACGCCAACACGGCCGACGCCGCGAUCGCAGCCCAUGUCAAGAAGAUCACCAAGAACGGGUUUCCAACAAAAGAGGAGCGCGCUGCAUGGCCGCCUGUGGUCGAGAUGUCUGACGAUGAGAAGUCAGAGUUGAGGGAGAAGGCCAGGAGACUGGUGGGCGAACGAGGUAUGCCAGAGGCUCUGAAAGGGCUUAUGGGAGCGGGUGCAAGUAGGGAGUGCUGGGGUGUGGUGUUUGAUGCGUUGCAGGAGCGAGGUGUGGCGAGAGGUGUGGUCACAGGGCUGGUGGUAGAAGGGGUCAGGGGCGUGUGCCAUUAG